AUGGACGGGGAGAUCGAGGGCUGGGUCCGCGGGUGCCAGACCUGCCAGGAAUCACGGCCCGAGCCGCCCAGCGCCCCCGUCACUAGGUGGGAGUCCACCCGGAAACCAUGGUCGAGACUCCAUAUCGACUUUGCGGGCCCAUUCCAGGGGCAGACCUUCAUCAUAAUGGUGGACUCCUACACCAAAUGGCUGGAGGUCAUCCCCGUAGGGUCCACCUCGUCCACAGCCGCGAUCAGAGCUCUGCGCAGGGUCCUAUGCACACAUGGCAUCCCGGACACCAUAGUCUCUGAUAACGGGGCCGCCUUCACCUCAGCCGACUUCCAGGCGUUCCUGCAAAGAUAUCUGAUCAGGCACAUAAGGUCGGCUCCCUUCCAUCCGGCCACCAACGGCCAGGCGGAGCGGAUGGUCCGCACAACAAAGGAGGCCCUCGGCCGAAUUGUACAGGGGGACUGGGACCACAGGCUGGCCGCGUUCCUCUUCGAUAAUCGGAUCACCCCUAACCCGGUCACAGGAGUCAGCCCGGCUGAGCUCCUCAUGGGACGC